AUGAAGUUCCUCAACAUGACCAGCCACAAGCUGGUGGAGAUGCCUGUAGCCCACUCCGGCCAGAAGGUCACCCGGGACUGGAUCCUGACGCACGGCAUCGCCAGCCUGCAGGUGCCCUUCGACAUGGGAAGCUUCCGCAAGGUGAAGGGCGAACGCGCGGAAGGCGCGAAGCACACCACCUGGUGCAUCGACGUGGUCUUCAACCCGCUCAUGGUGCAGCUCUUUGUAGACGACGCCUUCUGCAAUGCCAUGGAGUCCUUCCGCCCUUGGGUCAUUGGCCUCACGCUGAAGCGCAUCGAGGAAAGCUUAAAUGUGAAGCUGGAACCAUCAAGCAUCAAGCUGAUGAAGGACUUCAGAUACAAGGCGGGUGCCUUGUAG